AUGACUUCUUAUGUCAUCAACGCGAUCAACUGCAACUCGAAAUCGGCGGCUGUUCCAUCUGUGCUUCAACCUUCAUUCCACAGUCCCCCGUGUUCUGCCCCAAAUGUAAAUAGUACAAGUACAAAUUCGACGUCAUAUCGAGCAUCGGUGCCUCCAGAUCCUCAACCCACACAGGUACUGAAUCGAAAUCAGGGCCAGACGACACCAACUGGAACAGCUCCGCAACAGCUUUCUCUUCAGCCGCAACAACCGCAACAGCAACCACCCGUGCCAGUGAUGGGAAAUCAGCAGACCGCGUAUCCUUCUCCGGAUCCAUCUCGGACGCCACAACAAGCCUAUGCUGCCCCGCCGCUUGGCCAGCCGCCACCACAAAUGCAACCUCCAGGUGCCCAGGCAGUACCACAACAACAGAUGAUGGCUCAGGGUGGAUGUCCUCCUUACCAAAUGAUGUCGCCUCAACAUUCACAGCAACAACAACAAAUGGCGCCAUAUGACACGAGAAUUCCGAAACAGCCGAAGCAGGCAAUAUUCCUCCUUAUGUACCUUUUUGCCAUUUUCCAAGGUGCUAAGGCUUGCAAAACAAUUCAUGUUGUUCACGCACUUCCUUCAUACGUGUAA